CUGAUCUAAGAAAAACAGAGAGAAAAAACAAAAAAGAGAAAAUGGUGGUGAAAGUUUACGGUCCAGCAUAUGCAUCACCAAAGAGAGUUCUGGUUUGCCUUGUGGAGAAGGAGAUUGAAUACGAGACCGUCCCGAUCAACCUCUUCAAAGGGGAGAACAAAACCCCUGAUUUCCUCCGCUUACAGCCAUUCGGAUCUCUCCCAGUCAUCCAAGAUGGAGAUCUCACUUUGUUUGAAUCAAGAGCCAUAAUGAGAUACUACUCUGAAAAGUACAAAUCACAAGGGACUAAUCUAUUAGGAAACACCAUAGAAGAAAGGGGUUUUGUUGAACAGUGGCUAGAUGUUGAGGCAAACAGUUUCAAUCCACCCAUUUACAUCCUGACUGUUCAGAUCAUGUUCAACCCCUUUAUGGGUUUGGCUGUAGAUGAUAAUUUGAUUAAGGAGAAUGAAGAGAAACUUGGGAAAGUUCUUGACAUCUAUGAUGAGAAGCUGGGGAAAUCCAAAUACUUGGCUGGAGAUUUCUUUAGUCUUGCUGAUUUAAGUCAUCUUCCUUUUACUCAAUACUUGGUGGGUCCUAUUGGAAAGGAGUAUAUGAUUAGGGAUAGGAAGAAUGUUAGUGCUUGGUGGGAUGAUAUCAGUAAUAGACCUUCUUGGAAGAAGGUCCUUCAAUCUUCACCAUCACCAUUAGUAGAUUGAUCCAAUCUUCUUAUAAUAAACACUACUAUCAACAUAUGUUAUGAAGUUUGAUCUCAUGAAUAAAUUAAGAUUAUGUAUGUUUUAAUUCUUGUUUAUGUGUCUUGGCAUAUAUAUAUAUAUAAUCUCUCUUUUUUGGGUUUUCUAUAUCAAAAUUAUAA